UUGCGCAGCUGUGCCUCUCACGCCUUUUAUUUAAGAGCCCACCCCCGGGGUUUGGAAUUUUUUUUCCAUCUCCGAAUUCUCCUGGUCGUUGGGCUUCCUGCGAUCCUGAUCCCCUUCUCAUUCCAUCCUCGCCGGGCUCCGGCCAAUCUCCACUCGCGGCGUUUCUUUCGGCUUCAGAAGCGGAGGAGGAGCAGAGAAUUCCGGGGUUUUAUCCCAGAAGUGGAAAACUACAUUUGAUGGUCGCAGAAACUAGAUAUUAGAAUUUGAUCGUAAAAUGAUACUGAGUUUUUGAUAUAAAAUGGUAGAAGACAAAAAUCCAUCACAAGAUACGGUGCAGAUAAGUGGACAUGUCGCACUUCAGAAUGUUUCUUACAAGGAUGUCGUGGAGAUAAAAUUGGCAGAUACUGUGGAUUCUGAUAAUUAUGGCGGUAAUUUUGUCAAGGAUGUCUGUGUUGAUGAAGGGGCACUGCUUCAUCGGAAGAAUUCAGAAGAAAAACCAGUAGAUAAAAGGUCAUCCCCAAAUUUCAGUUGCCAAAUGAUCGAUGCAAACAGUGACACAAGAUAUGGGAAGAAAGAUGAUUCUAGAAAGUCUGUGCACGAACUAAAACUAGGAACAGUUGUACCAGUUGACUUUGUUCCUGAUUGUGACAACGAGAAACAGCACUCUUCUGGCAAAGGGAAUGAUCAUGAAGAUCGGAUCACUACUGAUUACACUGCAAGCGAUCCCAGUGAGAAGAAGAUAAGUUUGCAAGAGUUACUUCUCCUCGAAAGUGCAGAAGAAUCCCGACAUGCAAGCACAAUAAAUUCCGAGAGCAGUGAAAAACAUAAGUGCUCUCUUCAUGUGGAAGUUGGACAGACUUCCAAAGAUGGCUUUCCUGAUGCUCAGGUUUUUUUGACCAACACCAGUGAGCAAGUCAGUAAAGAUAGUACCAGUGGUUGCUCAGGAACGAUGUCAGAAUAUCAUGAUGCAGCUGCUACACUGGAUGUGAGAGAACCACAAAAAAUUGAUCGCUACAACCCUUUCAUUGAUCAUAGGUUAGAGGAUCCCUCAGAACCUGAGUACUCUAUACCAGGAAUCACAGAUGCUGCUUCCACAGAUUCCAUCCACACCGUUGACAAUGUGGCAAGUGGCUCCUCAGGAUUAGAUGAGGUCGAAACAGCUGAACCCAGGACGGAUACUGUGAGUAGUAGUAGUUCAGACAUUCAAUCAUCUGAGAAGAGUAAUGAUCAUAGUGAAAUUAUUGUUAGCAAGGCCAUCACUGGUGCAGUGGAUGAAACAGCAGUUGCUACAUCGUCAUCAAGCAAUGCUGAACCUAGUGAUGCGAAUGGGGAGAAUAAAGAGAAAUGCGCGAGGGGCGGUGUCGCUGAUCAGAUAGAUGAGGAGCACUGCUUAGGCACCGACGAUGCAGUCAGUAAGAGCUCCACCCUUGAGCAAGAUCAUUCUUCAUGGGUGGAACAAACGAUGCCCGAAAGUUCAAAAGCAACUGCUCAAGCUGGCAACGACAAUCCCUCUGAACCGAACUUCUUUGGCCCCAGCAUCAUGUCAGGGCCAGUGUCGAUGUCCGGCCAUAUAGCGUAUUCAGGGAACGUCUCUCUUCGGUCGGAUAGCAGCACCACUAGCACCCGGUCCUUCGCAUUUCCAGUGUUACAGAGGGAGUGGAUCAGCAGCCCGGUGAGGAUGGCGAAGGCGGAACGCCGGCGCAGCAGGCGGCGCCGCGUCUGGAGGAAAGGGCUCAUCUGCUGUAAGUUCUGAUCGGCCGCGGUCGCCCUCGCAUCUUCUGCUGAAAUUCAGCUCGUGCGCGCUCUCCGGAGGUGAACAAACAUCGUCGGGAACCCAUUUGGAUCGACGAUGGUACGUAUUUCCUUGGAAAGUUUGGAACCGGACAGCAAGUUCGAGCUUGGGCACUGAACUUUCCCAGGAAAUACCACUCAUCGAAACAUCCCCAACGCUCUCCUCGCUGGCGCGCCACGCAUAGCCCUGCUCCUACUAUUGACCUGGAGCUGAGGUUGACGACGACGGCUUGCCGGAAUUCGCAGUGGCUUGAACGUGAAGGUAUAUAUAGCUCUUGUAGGGUAGUGAAUUGCUCUUUUUUUUUCUUCCUUUCGUUCCUGCAUGGUUUUCGUUCGAUCGAGGGAGAGUAGUGAUCGAUCACACUUAGUAGAGAGAGAGGUGGUUGAUUUAGGUGUACAUCCUUUGGUUGCAUAAAUUUAUUAUGCUGUGAAAAUUCGUUCGUUCUAUUCUAUAUUAUUAAAAUUGGUCUUCUCGUUGGUUUA